CAUCUCGCUGUGGUAGUUUGGUUCUCUUCCUGCAGACGCGAUUCCUUGGUGCGCGGUGAUUGCCGAGGGGAGCGAGAUGGUAGAGAAGCGCCAGGCCUCCGGCGACGCUCCCGGGACGUCGCGGCCACCUGCACGUAUGAGGGCUGCCUCAACCGACGACGAAGACGUGUCCUCCAUAGACGUCUGGAUCGACGCAGGCCUCGGGAGAGGCGGGGAGCGCACGAGGACGGAGGUGGUGCCUCCGCCGCCGCCAUCGCUGCAGUCUGUGCUGGUGGCAGGAAUGGGCGCCAACCCGACAGCCAACACCGGGCGGCGGUCAGCGCCGAGACGGAGCGACUACAUCGGUCGCCAGCGCUUGUCAGCCGGUGAGGAAGCGGAAGUGACGUCCAGGUGGAGACCCGUCUCCGCUCUCGACGCAGAAGCGCCGCCGUCCGGGAAUGAGGAGGAGCUCGUUGCGGCGGUGACACAGCCGCGGCCACCUCCACCCGCCGAUCAGCCCUCUGCAGCGGAGGCGCAGCCACUGCCACACCCCGAUGAGUCCGUUGGAUCGGCGUCUACUGCACCGGAGAUGGUGGUGCCGGCCCCGGCCGACAGCCGUUGAGGACUCCGUCCCUCUCGCCCGUCCAUCGAUUCAGCGAAGAUCAUCCAAGGCGCGAGAAGCAGAGUAAGGAGUUGGUCAGUGCCCCGUUCUGGAGUCGAUGCUACGAAACCAUCGUUGUGCAGUAGUGACUGGUUCCACUUCUGAAUCUUCUGAUGUGUUCUUCGAGUAUAGUGUUAAGCUCAUAGUUUUUCUUCUCCAGUAAUGCGGCAAACGCAAUGGUUUUGCUGCAUAGUACUCCCUCCGUUCCUAAAUAUAAGUCUUUAUAGGGAUUUCAUUAGAUGAACUACACAGCGGAUCAAAAUGAAUGAAUCUAAAUUUAAAAUGAUGGAAUCUCUACAAAGACUUACAUUUAGGAACGGAGGGAGUAGUAUUAGUUACCAAGUGUUCUGAACUUUGGUUCAGACAGGUUAAUUGCUGCAGACAUUUGUUUUGAGAGAGAGAAAUUG